AUGGUUCAAAAAUCUGAUGGAUCCUGGCGUCCUUGUGGCGAUUACCGCCGUUUAAACAAUGUUACCAGACCAGGCCGGUAUCCUCUCCCUAACAUUUGUGAUUUUACAAACAAUUUAAGAGGUUGCAAGUUUUUCUCCAAACUCGACCUAGUGAAGGGUUACAAUCAGGUUCCCAUCAUACUCUAUCCUACUCCCCCAGUUCUACCCUACUCCCUAGCUCUAUCCUACUCUCCAGCUCUACCCUACUCCCCUUGCUCUACCCUACUCAUGAGCUCUAUCCUACUCUAUCCUACUCCCCCAGUUCUACCCUACUCCCUAGCUCUAUCCUACUCCCUAGCUCUACUCUACUCCCCAGCUCUACCAUACUCCCUAGCUCUACCCUACUCCCCAUCUCUACCCUACUCCCUGGCUCUACCCUUCUCCCCAGCUCUACCCUACUCCCUAGCUCUAUCCUUCUCACCAGUUCUAUCUUAA